GUGUUUUGAAGAGACCGCUUUGAAGAUGUCAGGGGAAGGGCAUCGGGAUUACCGGUGGGAAAGUGAUCGAGAUCGACACCAUGACUAUGGCAGGGGUUACGCGUAUGGAGGCAGUCGAGACCAAGGAGGUGAAGACCGACGUGAUCGACAAGGUGAUUUUCGAUACGACCGAGGAGGCUAUCGAGAUCAGCCACGACGUUUUGUUCCGGUGUGUUAUGAAUGCGGGGAGCCCAUGCACUAUAAGAACCAGUGCCCUAGGCUUGUUGGUGAAAGCAGUGGGCGGCGUGCUCCUCAGCGAGGACGGUCAACCUCGCCUGCUUACCAUGAGAAAGGGAGUGAGCGACGUUCAACAUCGGAGGAUCCGGCGGUCAGAAAACAGCUCGAAGAUUUGGCGAGCUCUUUAGCGAGUAUGAAGAGCUAUAUUGAAGAGGAACAAACCAGAAAGGAGGAGAAGGAGAGGGAGAGGAAAAAGAAGGAGAAACGCAAGCAGGAGGAGAAGGAUAGGAUGUUGAGGGAAGAGGAGGAGAAGCUAGCCAAAGAGAGGCGUCUGAAGAAGAAAGAAGAGAAAAAACGGAUGGAAGCGGAAGAUCGAGAAGCGAUGAGGAAGGAUCUGCGAAUGAAAAUUUGCAAGCAUAUGGGUGGUGUUUGCGAGGAGUUGCACCAACGCCUGUUGGCUUCUCAUGUGGUUAAUAAGAAGGGGAAGGGUAAGUUGCCGGAGUACACGUCUUCAGGCGAGGCCAGUUACGAGUCUGAAGGGGGUGAGGUGGAAGCGUUGAGUGAGCAGACAGAACGGUCGAGGCUUAGUGAGAAGCGUAAGCGUAGUACAGAAUGCGUGAUUGGUGACAGCCCACCGAUGGAAACUCCAGCCAAAAGGACACCGAAACAAGGAAGCCUUAACCCAAAAAGGUUGUUGUUGCGCUGCAAACGUCAACAGAUGAAGCGAUCACCAGCAAAGAAGACACCAAAGACUCGUAAGAACAUUCUGAGAGGCAAGAAGAUUCCAGCAGCUGCAAGCGAUAUGGGGAAACUAAUGUUUGUAACCGAUAAUCUGCUGGAGGUUCAGAAACUGGUUAACGACAAGAUCGAGGAGCUGGAUAUCCCGGCCUGCUUGAAGGAUGCUGCACGUGGUAUGAUCCGGAUCGUGUGGGUAAGAAACCCAUCGGUCGCCGAGAUGAUACAUAAUCAGCGGCUUUUUGCUAAAGCCGAUGUAUCCACCUGUGUAUGUACAGGCCUUCCCUACCUACGGGUAGGUGACCACGUGCAGUUCCGGAUGCAAGAUUUGGGAGGUAUUAAUCCUAUGAUCUGCCAUGCAAUGAACAUUCCUAAGCUCGGCAUUCCGAACAGGGAGAAGUUGUUGGGACAAGAGAUCGCAGCUGGUCUUGCUAAUUGGAGUAAUUGGACAGGACCUGACAUAGCCUGUCGAGGGUCAGAGUUAUCAAGGUGCAUGAGUGGGAGCACGGGCAAAGGGGAGAAAUUUCUAGACCCCAAUGAAGUGGACAACGUGAAGUCGCUGCUGAAGGGUCUGGUGUUGACCCCGGUCGAUCGCAAUCCGGGGGAGACUUUGGUCAUGUGUCCGGCGAUAUACUUUGAAGCAAUGAUGGGGAUGAUGGCGGAUGAGGGUUAUGGUGAGCCGAGCCGCAAUUGCUAUAAUUGCGGGUUGUAUGGUCACUUCGCGCGUUGGUGUCCUUACCCGCCUGGUACGCAGGAUCGCCUAGGGGCGACGGUCAGGUGGCUUCGGGCACGGGAGCUAAUUCAGUUCCGCUACGGAAUGACGGUUUCGUACAAGGACGACCCAUCUUUCCACCACCUCAGCCUCCGUAUGUGCAUGGACAGCAGGCGGCAAGCAAUCAAGCUGCGGGACAGCCCGCGGCUCAAAUCGAUGCGCUUCCACCUCCGUUGCUCCAACCUCCGACGGCAGCACAAUGCCAUUAUCCCGUAUCAGCCUCCGCCGCAAGUUCCGUUUCAACAGCCACGUGACGCUGGGAAUAUGAACGGCUCACGAGGAUGGAACAACAGGCCACGCGAGGUUGUAAGGGAAGGCGAAGGGCUCAUGAUUCUCAGAGAGAUUUGGAAUGAAAGACGGGAGGAGAGGGAAAGGAGACGGGAGGAAGAAGAUCGUAGGGCGAGAGAGGAGCAGGCAAGGCUGCCACGAGAGGAAGAAGAACGACGGUUGGAACAAGAAGAGAAACGAGAGGCAGAUCUCGAGGCUAGACUCACGCGGUUACUUCGCGAACAGAUGAAGGAGAUGGAGGCGAAAAAGCUAGGUGAUUCUGCCGAUGUUAGUAAGAAAAAGUGGGAUAAGAUCGAUCAAAACCAACAGGGUAAAGGCAGCAAAGGGGGCGAGGGCGGCGAGAGUAAGAAAAGGGAUCAAGGCUCCAUGGCAGGGGGCGUAGAUAGCACGCAACAACCAGGCAACGACAGACCAAGAACGGAGAUUGCGACUUAUCCAUUGGACACCGGGCUCAUCCGAAUGGACAUAGACACGGUCAGAAAGACACAAGAAGCUCAAGCGGUAAUGUUCCAGCAGAUGCUCUCCUGAGGUGGGUUCUUUGCCAGACUGGCAGGGAUGUUUAUGUCCAUCGCAGGCAACGGAACUAGGAGACGUUCGAACGGCAUUAGUAUCAACGAAGGCGGCGCGGCUAAUCAAGACUUGGGAUUUGAUCGCAUCAAUAGAGGAAAGAAAGCUGCGGUUGCUGGACCUGGGAAGGAGGGAAGGAAGAAGUACAUCGAUGAUCUGACUAACGUACUGUUCGCCAAGACCAAGCAUGAAUUGGAGGAUCUCUGCAAGAAAAAAAGGAUCAAGUAUGUGAACAAGAAGAUCACGUCUGCCGCACUGGCUCGCCUCCGAGCCAUCGACGCGUAUGGUGAGGAAUCCGAUGAGGAAGAAUCCGAGGAGGAGAUCCAAGAGGAGAAUCCCCCCUGAUAAUCUAUCAAUGCCCCCUCUGCAUGGCUGCUUUUAGAAAAAGUGAGGAAUGAAAGGAAGAAGAAUGG